ACGACCAAGACCUACGAUCUUCUUGUCAUAGUGGGCGGCACCACUAACAAGGCUGGUGGCCUCACUUGCUCUACACCUGAGGAAAGGUGGACAGCCUGAGCACAAUAGCGCGCAUGGCCUCACGCUCUGGGCAUGAUCUUCGUGCCCAGAGAACGAGGACGGACUUGUCGCCUUCUUGAGCCUCAACCCGAGCAAUAGUGAGUAGGAACCGGAGCAAUCGUGAGUAUGAACAGAAGGACUUCGACCAAAGCAGGUAUGAACACCGCUCUCGAAUGAUGGGGGCGGAUUCUCGCAGGCUAUAAAAAGGCAGCAGAAAAUCCAUCAAGAUGUACCGCCUCGACAAUAAAAAACAAACCUCUACACAGGCCGCAGUCACUGUUCCAGCCUCUACCAAGAAACCACAUCCCUUUGCUCAGGAACUACAGUCAGGGGUUUCAAGAUUUUGUAAAGGACACAUCGAUCGCCAUGGUCGCCAUCAAACUUCUAGUCAGCUGCCUCGCCCUAGCAGCCCAAGGGGUCCACUCCUGUGCACUCGAGUCCCGCCAGACCAGCGCCGACUUCCUGACAAACGGCGACGACGGUCCCGCCGACCCCGAGACCCUCGGUUUCGCCAUCAACCUCCUAUCCCUCAUAGUGCGCAACCUCACGGCCAGCCAGCACUUCUACAGUAAGGUCCUCGGCAUGCGACACAUCUUCACCGCGCAGCUAUCUCCCAGCUACAGCGUAACCUACAUGGGUCAUGCACAAGGCGGCAGGAACGGCACAGGCUAUCAAACAGGCCAGGAGAUGCUACGUGACAAGAACAACGCCGCGGGACUCCUUGAACUGCAGUAUCUCUCUGACUCCCAGGAUGAAGGCAUGACAGCGACCACCGUACGUCCCAACACCUUCAGUCACAUCGGAUUGAUAGUGCCAGACCUAGAAAAAGCUCAGGCGCGAAUGGAGAAGUUCGGGGCCAAGAUCACCAAACGCAUUGGCCAGAGUGCGGAGAAUAUCACGUCGGUCGAAAAUGCGCUUGGUUUUGGUCCGUCCGCCACUACUAAUCAGACCGAGCGUAAGCUGCUCGUCAAGGGCCAACAACUCGUUGGAUUUGCGCAGCUGUUGACGGUGGAGGACCCGGACGGCAAUAUGAUCGAGGUUCAGCAGCAUGUGCCACCUCCAGGCGUUGCGUAAGGGAGGCUCCUCUACUAUGUACCUUGUGCAAAACACAUGCUAGGCGGGUGGUAUGAGUACUGCGGGCCUCGAUGAUGAACAGGGGUCAUACAUUCGUCUCUAGCUACUCCAGACAAAUCAAAUCUAUCAGCCAGUGGCAUCUCCUAUUCCGGACAAAGUGGAGGAGGGCCUUGCUUACUUUCCCAUCAGGCAUUGCUGGCCCCCCACAAGUGACCAGGCCCAAGUUGUUCGAACUAACACGCCUGCUGCUCUAGGUUGGCAGGUGAGAUAUGACUCCAUAGACUAAGUUAAAGUAGCCAGCAUCAACUAUUCCUGGUUCGAUU